AUGGCAGGAGUCUCUGGAACUCCAGCUGUGGGGAACGGAGUCUUUAUUACAGAUCACACGUUCUGUAUUCUCUCUGAUUCACCAAGGAUGGACAAAGACAGGAGUCACAGGACUGAGAAGAUAAUAAAUAUCACCCUGGAGAUCAUUUACCUGCUGACUGGGGAGACUAGAGCUCUGUCUGGAAGCGAAACUGAUGGACACACAAGCAGGAAUAUCUCAGAAGGACAUCUAAUGUUAUCCCCGGAUUGUGACAUAAAAGAUAAUGACAGUAGACAGGAUUCUCCAGGAGAUAACCCCAUUACCCCAAUUAUACAUCCAGCUCUAUCAGCUGAUCCCCCUGAUCCUGGGAAAUGUUCUCCUGAUCACUCUGAUAUUGGUGCAUCUGUUACAGCUCUGAGAGUAGAUACAGAGUUUCCCUGUUCUAUAGAUGCCAAAUGUUUUACACAGAACACAAAGCUUAUUACCCAUCAGCCAGCUAAGGCAUGUGAGAGGCCAUUUCCAUGUUCUGAGUGUGGGAAAUGUUUUACAUACAAAUCACAUCUUGUUAUACAUCAGAGAAGUCACACUGGUGAGAUGCCACUGACAUGUUCUGAGUGUGGGAAAUGUUUUGCACGGAAAUCGCAUCUUGUUAUACAUCAGAGAAGUCACACAGGUGAGAAGCCAUUUUCUUGCUCUGAGUGUGGGAAAUGUUUUUCCCAGAAAUCAAAUCUUGUUCAACAUCAGAGAAGUCACACAGGUGAGAAGCCGUUUUCUUGCUCUGAGUGUGGGAAAUGUUUUUCCCAGAAAUCAAAUCUUGUUCAACAUCAGAGAAGUCACACAGGUGAGAAGCCAUUUUCUUGCUCUGAGUGUGGGAAACAUUGUUUAAAUAAAUCACAUCUUGUUAUACAUCACAGAAGUCAUACAGGUGAGAAGCCAUUUUCUUGUUCUGAGUGUGGAAAAUGUUUUUCCCAGAAAUCACCACUUGCUAGACAUCAGAGAAGUCACACAGGUGAGAAGCCAUUUUCUUGCUCUGAGUGUGGGAAAAGUUUUACACUGAAAUUACAUCUUGUUAGACAUCAGAGAACUCACACAGAUGAGAAUAUAUUUCCAUGUUCUGAGUGUGGGAAAUGUUCUGCACACAAUUCAGAUCUUAGAAACCAUGAGAGAAGUCACACAGGUGAGAAGCCAUUUUCUUGCUCUCAGUGCGGGAAAUGUUUUACACAGAAAUCACAACUUGUUACAUAUCAGAGAAGUCACAGGUGAGAGGCCAUUUCUAUAUUCUGAGAAAUAAAUCCGCUCUUGUUGCACACAAUAGACAUCACUCAGGUGAGGAACCAUUUAAUCUUCUGGAGUAUUCUCAUCAUUGCCAUGUGUUGUUCUUCAAGGUUCUUAUCCUAUCUCCUAUGCUUUUUGCAAUAUACAUGUUACCACUGGGUGAAAAAAUCAGAUGUCAUGUCCUCAUCUACCACUGCUAUACAGAUGACCUGUCUUUUGCUCCAGGUACUGAGAACCCAGUACCAAUCCUAAAUGGUUGUCUAGCUGAGCUCCAGGUGUGGGUGAUGCCAGUUGGCUGUGACGCAGUCCUGGUGAAACAGGUCCUUAUGAUAAAAGCUCACCAAUAAACGGCAGGGCUACAGCUCAGCUUUUCCUACCAACCAGACGCCACAUAACACCCAUUCUCUGUUCCCUCCACCAGCUGCCUGUAAGAUGGUGACUAUUACAUAAUCUUACUGACUCUCCCAGCACUACAUGACCAGGGUCCAAGGUACCAGAAGCAACUUCUGACUCCUUACUGUCCUACGUGCUUCCAUCUGCAGAUGGACUGUUACCAGCAAUACCAAGAAACCCCAAGCAGUGCUUAGAUGUCAGAGGGGAGACAGGGUGGGUGGCACUGUCUGGGUAAUAUUAUCCCCAAGCAGAGCUGAGGGGGUACUCAGGGUGGCUGGCAGUAGUGGGGACUGCAGGAGGCAGUGUCUGUGUGAGAAUCUUGUCCUCAAGCAGAGUUAAGGUGUCAGAGGGGGAGACAAGGUGGUGGUAGUAGUGGAAAGGAGACAGGGCGGGUGGCAGUAGUGAGCGGAGACAGGGCGGUGGAAGGAGACAGAGUGGGUGGCAGUAGUGGCCGGAGACAGGGUGAGUGGCAGUAGUGGGGGGGAGGCAGGGCGAAUGACAUUAGUGGAGGGAGGCAGGGCGAAUGGCAUUAGUGGAGGGAGGCAGGGCG